AAUCGUCUUGUUAAAGGUUAUCCAAACCGGUUAAGCGCAUAAUCCAUCAAUUCGGUAAACAAAGAAAUCGCUUAUUAAAUUUAUGACAGUAGAGUUACUAAGAUGGGAAAAAUUGUGCUUCUAUUUACAUUAAUCAGCUUCCAUUUCAUUUAUGGAUACGAGCACGUCUGCGAGGAAGGAGGGAUGAAAUUCAAAAAAGGGGAGACGAUUACCGUUGAGUGCGAGCAAUUCACCUGCGAGGAACCGGCUAUUAAUUUAAUGGUCGGAAAAAAGUGUAACACAAGACCGGAACAUGACGGGUGCAAGUUUGGGGAAGGCGAUCUCUCGCUUCCAUUUCCAGAUUGUUGCCCCAAGGAAGUUUGUUAAAACACAUACGAAAUAAAUGCUACUCAUAAUAUA